AUGACCAACAAGGAGCGGCGCGUCGCCAUUUCCUUCCACACGUGGAGAAAAGAGCCGUGGCGCCGACCCGAUACCCUGAUUGUGGAACGUAAAUUAAGUGGUACGGCCGCGACGGCUUUCAUAAAUGAAGGCUGGCCCGUGCCCGGCUUCGCUACGGAGCGGGGAGCGAAGUGGAACGCGACGGGCGGGUCGUUCCGGUUGCGGGUUCGGCUCACGGAGAAUUUACUCGGGGACCCGUCUCCUGUCAAUGAUGUGAAAAUAAGAAACGCCUCUAGGUUUACACGCUUUAUCGAUGCCCACGCGCCUCCGUCGGAGGUCGAGGCGGCACUCAACGAAACGUUGUGGGACGUGAAUAUAAAUGUAUCAGUGUGGGAGCCGGACAACGCGACUCGAGUGAGACACGACUACCAGGACAAUCGGACGAUCUACCGCGUCUCGUUACUGGGAGCCGGUCCGUUGCCCCUGUUACAGGCCGACGAUAGCGACUGCUGGACCUUCGGGGACGACGAGCUUUUGAGGAGAUACGACGCGGUCGAGCGAGCGGUGUGGCGCUCUGGCAGGGACGCCUACGCUACUCGUCAAGACAUGAGGCGGCGUUCCAUAUGCCAUGAAGGGUCCUUGACGGGGGUGAACCCCCGCGUCACCGUGACACGAAUACAACCAGCGUCGGACGUCUCUGGACAGCUCCAACUCAAACUCCCUUCGUUUGGAGGGUUAACGGAAGGUGUGGCUACGGUAGCCAUAUCGCAGAACUCCACUGGUGCCGAAGUUGCGGAAGCUAUACGAUCAGCAGCGGUCAUGAAAGAUGAGAUAAGCAUGCGGCGUUUUAUGUUAGAUGCGUCAGAAGUGACGGCGGUCCUGCUGCCCCGCUACAAGGCGUCCUACGGCGCCGGUCGAGCCUGGGACGUGACCUUCCAUCGAUUGAAUUCGACGGGAGGCGUCGCUCGUACGGCAAGGGACGUUCCUGAAUUAGUUAUCGAUCCGAGACUGGCCUCGAACUCGUCGACAAACGCGAAGUGGACCGUAUCUACAAGGCGCCAAGGGCAACAAUCUUGUCAAGGUGAUCAGGCCGGCGCCGCCUGGAAUCUG